GAGGAGGGAAGCGGCAACAGCGAGGGAGGGAAGAGUCUGGCUUACAGAGGGAACGGGCGAACGAGCUUGAGGACGAAAACAGAGAGCGGGAGUGUCUUCCCUCUCAGCCUGGUUAUCAGGAAGGCAGGUGAGGUUUCUCCUUCAGCUGCCACCUGGACCAACAGGAGAGGAAGAGAAGAUUUAGAGGAGGGCAAGAAAUGCAUGUUACAUUGGAUGCGUCAGGCUGUCACCCUCAGAAACACAAGGAGGGACAGAAGCAUGCCUCAGUGGAGAGGUGCAGCAGCGGCUGCUGACUGCCAGGCUGCUUCGCCUCGGUGAGGGCAGCGCCGCUGGAUCUCUGUCAGGAAUACCAAACAAGGACACAAAAAUAAAGAAGAGAGACAGCCGGCAAUCUUAUGCCAUGACCGAGACCAGGAGGAGGGGGGAGGCCCGCUGAAAUCAUGGACCAGGCUAAGGGACGGCGGGAUGGUCACUCCUCAGCCGGUGACAACCCUCGGCCGCCGAUGGCAACCCGGCCUGGAACGGGGGGUGUCGCUGUGGGCUGGAAGGGUCCCCGGACGUUGGUCCUCCAUAAGAACUCCCAGGGUUUCGGUUUCACCCUUCGCCACUUCAUCGUUUACCCUCCAGAAUCAGCCCUGCACACCAGCCUCAAUGAUGAGGAGAACGGUAACGAAAAAGGGUAUCAGAAAGGUCGCCUGGAGCCGAUGGACACCAUAUUUGUGAAGAAUGUGAGAGAGCGAGGCCCGGCCCAGCAGGCGGGCCUGUGCACAGGGGACCGGCUGGUGAAGGUGAACGGAGAGAGCGUUCUUGGAAAGACGUACACGCAGGUGAUCGCCCUCAUUCAGAACAGUGGGAGUGUGCUGGAGCUCUCCAUUAUGCCAAAGGACGAAGACGUGCUUCAGCUGGCGUACUCCCAGGAUGCUUACCUGACAGGGAACGAUCCGUACAACGGGGGAGCCGAGAAUCUCCCACCACCGCCUCCCCUCUGUUACCCACGCACCAAAACUGGAGCCCCCCUGUCCACCCACAUGGUCCAGAACCAGUUAGAUAACUGGAGUUGCUGGGCAAGCCCUUCCAGCCCUUCGUCACCCUUGGACAACCGAUCUGCUGUGGGCAGCCCAGCCAGCUGGCAGGAGGGGCGGGCGGGUGAGCCGGGAGGUGUGGGUCACAGCAGUCCAGCCCACCGCACAGAGGAGAUCCAGUACGGUAUGACCAGCCAGCAGCCUCAGGGUCAGACCAGGGUACGGUCCUACUCUUCUUCUUCUUCAUCCGGAGCUCCUCUCUCCAGCCCGCUGCAGGUCCACUACCCCAACCACCACAGUGCCAGCUCCUCUCAGGCUCCACAGCGCAAGGCCAGCUCAGCCUGGACCAGUCCACCCAUGCCUCAGGUCCGCCACGGCCGCACCGACCGGUGCCAGCAGGCGCUCUCCGACUGGUACUACAACCAGCAGCCUGAGCGCUCGGGGCGCAGCAUGCAGAUCCGCCACCGCAGCUACUCUCAAGACCGGCUCAGUGAACAUCGGCGGCAGCAGCAGCAGCAGCAGCAGCAGAGGACAGGGGGCUGGCCGCACAGCGCCUCCCAGGACACCCUCUUCUUACUACAGAAUCCAGGCCCACACGGAGAACCCCACUGGUCCAGUGGAGACUGGGAGGCAGGUCCUGGUAGGGGCCACCCUGCUCCUAAUUAUACUCGAACACGCUCUGAAAAUUUGCUGGCCCAGUACGAUCGCCACGGACGCUCGUUGGAGAAGUUGGACCAGGUUUCGGCAGGACUGGUCUUGCCUCGGUCAGAGAGGCAGCCGUGGUCUCAGCAGGCGUCUCAGCCACCCCACAGGACCGACGCAUACCCAAGGCCUAGGUGUUACACCGCCGGAGCACAAGCCCCGUCAGUGCCUCGACAGUCGCAACCCAAGCUCCAAACCCAGCAGGCCGCCCUUCAGAGCCGGCGGCUGUCUCCAGGGCAGAGUGUGGACGAGCAGACUGUGGGCUACCGCAGCUACAGCCCCUCUUUUUACCGCAAGACGGGACGCAUCUUGCAGCAAGCGCACUCUUUCAGGGACCCGUCUUACUCCGGUCCUCACUUGAACUGGAACCUAGCCCCUAAAACCAAACCCCCAGAGGGAUCAGCACCCCUCACUUCCUCCGCUUCGUCCCCGCUUGCCUCCGUCGCUCCUGAAUCCCAGGACCGAGCGUACAGGCCGACAAACCACGAGAGGGAACCGGUGGUGGUCGAGGGACAGGCAGAGGUCGUGGCGCAAACCCAGGAAGUGGUCAUGAGGCAGAAACCUCCCAUCGGGCGGCGGAACCCAAACAGGCAUCCACACUACGCCCUGCCCAUGGACGAUCUGGAGCCUGCUUUGUUUACUUCUGACCCCAAAGACUUGAGCAUCGCUCCUGGUCCCACUGCAGAUGUAGCCUCACGCAAACCAAACGGCAGCCUCGCCCCCCUCGCCUUAGAGGACUCUCUGGCCUCCAUCCCAUUCAUAGCCAUCACCGCCGAGCGCUCCAAGUCGUGCGACGAAGGACUCAACGCCUUCAGAGACGAAGGACGACCCUCAAGGCAGACGAAAAGAGUGAAGAGUUUCUUCACCGAUGGGUCUCUGGACAACAUCGGGACGGCAGAGGAGGUCCGCUCCAAACGUCACUCCACCUCGGAGCUUGGAAACAUCACCUACAGCGACGUGCGGCGAGAAGGAUGGCUGCACUUCAAACAGAUCCUCACAGAGAAGGGCAAGAAAGUCGGCAGCGGCAUGUGGCCGUGGAAGCGGGUCUACUCGGUCCUCCGCUCCCACUCCUUGUUCCUCUACAAGGACAAGAGGGAGGCGGUGCUCGGCAGCACCACGAUGGACGAGCAGCCCAUCAACAUCCGGGGCUGCCUGGUGGACAUCGCGUACAGCGAGACGAAGAGGAAGCACGCCCUGCGGCUCACCACGCAGGACUUCUGCGAGUACCUGCUGCAGGCGGAGGACAGAGACGACAUGCUGGAGUGGAUCGAGGUCAUCAGGGAGGGCAGCAAGACGGACAGCGAGGAGCUCGGUUUUUCCAGACAGGCCCUGAUCAACAAGAAGCUCAACGACUACAGGAAGCAGAGCCCGACGUCAAACAAGCCGGACUCGUCUCCCCGGAUGCACCGCAUGAUGCCGCCGUUCCUGCUGAAUAAAACGGAAAACGCGUCCGGAGCACCACGCUCCCCGAAACCAGAAGGCAAAGACGAGAGCAGCCCUCCGAAGUCUCCGUGGGGAAUUAACAUCAUAAAGAAGACGAAGAAGGCCGGGCCCAAAGCUUUCGGCGUGAGGCUGGAGGAAUGUCAGCCGGGUGUGAAUAACAAGUUCAUCCCGAUGAUCGUUGAGUUCUGCUGCGGUUUGGUGGAGGAGAUGGGUCUGGAGUACACCGGGAUCUACCGGGUGCCGGGCAACAACGCCAUGGUGUCGCUGCUUCAGGAUCAGCUCAACAAAGGCGUCGACAUCAACCCUGCGGAGGAGAAGUGGCAGGACCUCAACGUUGUUAGCAGUUUGCUCAAAUCCUUCUUCAGGAAUCUCCCGGAGCCUCUUUUCACCAACGACAAGUACAACGAUUUUAUCGACGCCAAUCGGAUGGAAAGCGCAUCGGAGAGACUGAAAACCAUGAAGAAACUGAUCCGAGACCUUCCAGAUCAUUAUUUUCACACCCUGAAGUUCCUCGUCUGUCACCUGAAGACCGUUGCGGACAACUCCGACAAAAACAAGAUGGAGCCUCGUAAUCUGGCCCUCGUGUUCGGGCCGACCCUCGUUCGGACAUCGGAGGACAACAUGAAGGACAUGGUGACGCACAUGCCCGACCGCUACAAGAUAGUGGAGACGCUCGUCCAACACUGCACCUGGUUCUUCACGGACGAGCUGGACAAGGACGAAAAGACCCCGGUGGACACCGAGGACGUGCAGCCGGCUCCAAACAUCGACCACCUGCUGUCCAACAUCGGCAGGACCGCUCUGCUCGGGGAGGCUUCAGACUCAACCAACAGUGACUCGGCUCGGAACAAGAGGUCGUGGGGGUCGAAGGACCUCACAGCCAAGGACUUCCUGGCUCUGUCCAUCAUGUCCGCCGUGACGGGACGCAAACGCAGGAAGCAACGGCGCAACGCUCGCCGCGUGGGCAGCAGCACCGACGACGACUCCGAGCUCGAGCCGACCCAAGCCGGACGCCCGGAGACGGAGGAGGAGGAGGAGGAGGCAGAAUCGCCCGUGGGAGACACUGCUCCUCGAGCAGAAGGAGAGGAGGAUGAGGAGGAGGAGGAAGAAGAGGAGGAAGAGGAGGAGGAAGCUGUAGGAGAGAAGCAGCAGGAGGAGGAGGUGGUUGUAUCGAACUGUAAAGAGGAAGAGGAGGUGGGAGGGAGGCAGACGGCCAUGUUGUUGCAGGAGGAGGGGGCGCAGGCGGAGGUGAAGGCGCGGCCCUGGCGAGCUCCAGAGGACGCCCGCUCCAUCGUGUCCGGUUACUCCACCCUCUCCACGUUGGGGCGGAGCUUGGGGUCGGAGGGCAGAGGCGAGGACGCCGACGACGAGCAGAGCGAGUUGGUGAGCGAGACGGACAACGAGAGCGGCUUCGCCUCGCGCUCGCUCACCCAGGAGAGGCCCAGUAAACAAACAACAACAACAACAAACACGCAGCCCGCCCCGCCCAGCUUCCUGUACUCGCACUGCAGACCCCCCAGCGCCGCUCCCGCCCCGCCCACUCCCGUCGCUCACACCCCCAACGCCGUGGAGCGGAGCGACAGGGGAGCGCGCUCCGCCACACCUUCCUCCUCCUCCGCCGCCCACAGGCUGCACUCGCGGCCCUCCUUCAACUCCCACAAGCUGAUCCAGUGCGACACGCUGGCCCGCAAGAAGCUCAAGUCCGACAAGUCCAGAACCCGGUCCCAGGACCUGCUGGAGUCUCAGGAGGAGGGUACUGGCUCCGGGUCAGAAGGAGCACCCAGACCGAGGAGGGACACCUCCAGAACCGACCCGUCCUCAGGCAGCAGCCAGGAGAGUCCGCGACUGUCCCGGUCCAAGCUCGCCCUGCCCCCCACCGAAGCCGCCUCCUUCACCCCGACCGGACCCGGCGGGAAGUCCCUGGCAGAGCAGGUCCGGGCCCGGCUGCUGAGCUCCGCCGACGACCUGCGCAGCGUGGGGCUGAGGAAACAACCGUCGCCCGAGACGCGCCGCAAGAAACGGGUGUGGCGCCGGCACACGGUGGUGGCCUCCCCGACGGAAACGUCCGAGAAGAGACCCCCGCUGACCCGGCUGCCCUCGCCCCCCCUCAGUCAGAACCAGGUCAAAGCAGACCGGCUCAUCCCGGGACCAGUACCACGCCAAAACCCCACCUCCAGAUUCCACGAGUACCUGUGAGCCGCAACGGACGAGCCCCCCCGCCGCCUGGAGACGCAGCGGUGGCGUCCCACAAAGGACAGGGACAUGAAGACAUGUCUCUGUGUCCUUCCUGUCUCGCUCGCAGCCGAGACCUAAAGGGUUCACGCUUCGGUCGAACCCGCAGCCGAUCGCUGAGAUCAAGGUGCUUCGAACUGGGUCCAUAAAAACGUCUCGAGUCUUGAAAAGCGUUUCCUGUCAGAGUUCAGCUGAUUAAUUUAUUUGGACCCGUCUUCCCGACCGCGGACACUGUCGAACUAAUUAACGCUCCGCACGUCUGCUUCCAGACGGACGACGCUCCGCUCCUUC